UGGACGAAAAGAUUGACGAGGAAAAAUAAGCAAAACCAGACAUGGAAGCUUUUUGAAGCCCCAAAUCUUUACAGUGACAAUACCUGAGGCUGAUUGCUUAUUGCAUUUGAUGGUUUUUUAUUGUCUAUUUGUCAUAGUUGAGCUACUUUUGGAUUCUCUAAGUGUCUUCACUGUUCUUGUCUCUCCUUUCAAGAUUGAUGGAGGGUCCAAUCUGUCCAUCAAAGUGAGCUGGUCUCAGAAAAUAUUCUAUAGUGAUGGUCAGUUCUCCCUUGAUAUACCAUUUAGCUUUCCAGAAUAUGUCACUCCAUUUGUAAAGAGAAUUUCCAAAAUAGAAAAGAUACAGUUGAAUGUGAACUAUGACAUGGGGACUGAAAUUUUAUGCAAGACAACUAGCCAUCCCCUGAAGGAAAUAAGACGCCAAGCAGGAAAUUUGGGAUUCUUAUAUGAAGCAGAUGUUCUUACAUGGUCAAAAACUGACUUUAAUAUUUCGUAUAUUGUCACGUCAAAUGAAAUAUCUGGUGGUUUGCUCUUACAAUCUCCUUCUGUACAUGACUUUGAUCAAAGAGAGAUAUUCUGCUUCUAUCUUUUUCCUGGAAAUCACCAGCAUAGAAAGGUUCAUUCACAUAAUUAGUAUUUGUCUCUGAUGCCAUUCAAGUGGAUCUUUUAUUUUUUUAUGCAUAUUAUCUUAUUCUAUUGCGGAAGAUUCCCUUCUCUUCUGAUGCAUCUUCUUUCUUCUGUAUGUUAAUAUCUUUAUUCAAGAAAUCUUGUUCACGCUUGUUGGGCAGAAUUAUUGCUGUUUACUGAAGGUUAAAAGUUCAAUGAGUCCUAAUGAAAAUAUAAAUUUGGUUUCG